CUACCACACUUGUUCCCGCUCCAUCAGCGCGCAACAACCUAGCGACAGGCUUUUCACUUCCCCUACUGCGCUACUGUGUAAAUAGACGCUCAGGCGCAAGCAGAUGAGUCGCUCUUUGCUACAAAGCUGUCACAUCAGUAACAUCGCCACGUGCACCCACGCCUUCGAAGGCCGUUUCGUGAAUCUGCAGGUCGCAGCAGAGAGCCAGCGCUGAACAUACCGAGCAAACAUGGCCUUAGCUGAAGAUGCCGCUUCCGUUCUGGAACUAUUUAUCCACGACGUGGCAAAUCUUCCGCUUGAAAUUACUCACCUUUAUGAGGAAAUGCAGGCUAAAGAGCAGUUGAUUCAGCAUUGCCACAAUAUUAUUGACGCGCGAGAUAGCAGCUUGCAGAAAUUUGUCAAGCUGAAUGGGAGCCUGGUUAAGAACCCCAAAGAAGAACCUUAUAGCAAACAGAUCUUGCAACAGUACGACAAAGCUCAGAUCCUUCAGGAGGAAAAGUGUCGCUUGGCUGAGAAGGCCGCACAUCUCCUUGACCGUCAUGUAAAGCGACUGGAUAUCAAGAUUAGAGACUUGCAAGCGGACGGCUCUAUACCAAAUGAUCCGCUACCUUCCCUGCUAAGGCCAGAGUCUCUAGCAGUGCCACCUUCGUCAACCGCGACUGGCGCAAACACGCCCCUGAAUCCUCUGUCUAUGAACGCAAAUGCUGGUUCUCAGCAAAUCGCCAACGCGGCCAUAGCACGCUUAGCUGGUGUGACCGGUCAGAGGAUAAGCUCCCCUGCCGUGACUGGUGGCAUUCCGAGCACGAUACUCAACCAAACUCACCUUUCUAAUGCUUCAGCUCUGGCAGCCAUGUCAGCCACCAAUCGUCAACGCGAAAUGUCAGUCAGUAGUGACAGUAAGCGGCGCCGUUUGAAUGCAUCGCUCGGCUCACUACCCACGAUGACCUCUGCGCUCGCCCGUCAAUCAUCGUUGGGACCGGGGACUCCAAAGGUCGGAACUCCUGGCAGCCGUGCAGGCAGCGCAGGCCCAAGACCCAACAAGAAAUUUUCCAAAAAGGCGCUACCAGGCCAAGCAAACAGAAAGAAGCUCAACAAAGUAGGGAUAUCAAAGAAGUCUGCACGCAGACUCAUGGGACAGUCGCGUGCUUCGCCGUCGACGACUGGCGAUGACGACAGUAUGCUCAGCGAAGAUGCUUCUGAUGACGAUGGGUCUGCCAUUGGCGUCGACGGUGUAGGGGACGAUAAUAUGGACCUGGACGACGAGGCCGACGACACGCAAUACUGCAUUUGCGAACGGGUCAGCUUCGGCGACAUGGUGGCCUGCGACAACGACAAGUGUGAGAUCCAGUGGUUCCACUGGGAAUGUGUUGGCCUCACGCAGGAGCCCAAGGGGGAGUGGCUAUGCCCCAUCUGCGAUCCCAACUCCAAGUUCGACAAGAAGAAGAAGAAGCUGAACCGAUAGCGAUCGGCCUGGGGGUUAGUGGUGCAUUGUGGCUUUCCUUCUCCAGAGUCUGGGGUACUUUUGGAGUUCGCCUAGUGGCACCGGCGGGCUGGCGUCUGUCAUGGGCGCCGAUGUGCCGAGGGAGGGUGACGGGCUCGACUAUAGGCAAUGUCUCAAGCCGCCAAGGGCUUCCAGAAGGCUUCUGGCGUAUCUUAUCAUGCAAUAUGGAGUGGAGCUGAUCGUAUAUUCUCCCGCAAAGAGGCGUGGGAGAUGCGACUAGCGCCCGGAGUGCGGGUGCGGCUGCUGAGCACUGCCCCAAUGAUGGUUGGCAGGGAUGACGGG